UAUCGCGCGGCUGGGGGCCAUUGGGGUGCGCGUCAAUCCCAAUUGGACAGUGCCGCCAUGCAGCUGACGGUGAAGGCGCUCCAGGGCCGAGAGUGCACCCUUCAGGUGUCGGAGGAUGAGAUGGUGUCUUCGCUAAAGCUUCUGGUCUCCGAGCACCUGGACGUCCCUGUGCGCCAGCAGCGGCUGCUGUUCAAGGGCAAAGCCCUGGCAGAUGGGAAACGGCUCUCGGAUUACAGCAUUGGCCCCAAUUCCAAGCUCAACCUAGUGGUCAAGCCCCUGGAGAAAGUGCUACUGGAGCCAGGCACUGGCCGGAGACAGGCCGAGGCCCAGCCCCGUCCCCUGCCCACCUCCUCAGAGACUUGGCAGUUGGUCGCAAAAGUUCUGAGCCACCACUUCAGCGCUGCAGAUGCCAGCAGGGUCCAGGAGCAGCUCCAGCGGGAAUACGAAAGGUCCCUGAGCCGCUUGACGAUGGAUGACAUUGAGCGCUUGGCUACCCGCUUCUUACACCCUGAAGUGACAGAGUCUAAAGAGAAAGGAGUUGCCAAGUGAGCCGUUCAGCAUGGGGGAGGUGCAUGCUGCGCCCAGUGUGUUUUCUUCAUAUAAUAAAAGAAUCGCUUCGUGGUCCUGGAUGGGGCUAGGUAACAGUC